AACCGAACCAAACCGCAUUAGUUUGAUUUGGUUUGGUUCGGAUUUUUUUUAAAAGUCAACCGAACCAAACCAAACCGCACUAUUUUUUCUCUUGCGGUUCGGAUGAUUUUUUUCGUCAAAACCGCUCAAACCGCACCGCGAGCACCCCUAAUUCUUCCUAAUACGAAUCAAACCCUAACUAUAUAAAGGAAACAAGAACUCAGAAGAAGGGGAUUUUUUUUUGGAGGGGAGAAAAAAGGACGGAGAAAAUCGAAAGAGGGAGCUACUGUAAAAAAGGAUCCGACCUUCAAACCUUCCGCUGGAAACCUUCCGCCGCAACUAAAACCAGCCGCUCCACCACCGUGGCCGCAACUCACCGGCAAACCCCCUCCAUGCGAUACUGUUUUGAUUGCCACCGCAGGGAUCUAAUUCAAAAUGCUAUCAAAGAUGGGAGGUUGAAGUUCGCUGACAAGACCAAGAGUCACAUGAAGGUCGAUACCAAUCCUCUGAACAUCGCUGAUGCUAGCCUCUGUGAGCCAGUGGAUGUCAACAUGGUGGAGGCAUCUGAAGUCGAAGGUGCAGAAGCUAAGGCAGUGUUCGAUGGAGAGCAGGCUACUGAGAGUCUGGAUAACCAUAUAAUCUUCGAUAUUGAUGUCGAAGAAUCUCCAAGGACAGAGAUAACUGAAAUUUCGAGGGGAGAGAACAGCGAGGCCACUGAAGACCUCAGAAUGAAACUCCAGAAAAUCCAGAUCUCUGAAGUUCCUCCAGCAGUCGUUAACAUGGUCAACGCCAGACGUCCAGUUUCUGAAUUUGGUGAGUUAGAGACAUGGCUAACAAGGCAAAAAGGGGGUAUUGAAGUUCCUUUAAGAGGAGAAAGCUUCAAGGACUACCUUUGGGGUUGUCAUGAGAGGAACGGUGGAAAACAAUGGAUGUGUCCAAGGUGUUCGAUCAUGCUGAAUCGAAGGGUCGAAGCUAACUUCGAAAGGGCUCGACGCGAAAGAUGGGAACACCCAGGGAGAGAACCAAAUCCCCUACUACAAGUGUACCCAAGGAUGGAGGAGAGCUUAGUAGGAUUUUUGGUCAGAUGUCACAAAGGCAAUACUGAAGUUGCACUAUGUCCCAGAUGUGGGGCAGUCUAUGAUGAAAUGCUGGCACGAUCCUUCGAACGUGUGUACUGCUACAUGGGUCGAGAAACUCAGGGGUUGCGUCCUAACCUAUACGGUUUCGACAUAUGGACUCCUACGAAGAGACCUGAUAGUCCACACCCCAGAGUUCGAAAGGUAACAUUCAUAGUCCCUGCAGAUGCACCCAGGGAUAGAUGGGGGCAAGCUGGUGCAAGAGAAAACAAAUGGCGGAGUUGGGACCAAGGAGGAAGAACUGCAAUGGCAUACAGGAAGCAAUUUCAAAAACCAAAUCGAGAGGCGUAUCGAUUGGAGAAUUACAAAGGAAAAAAUCCUAUGUCCCGAUCCCAGUGGAGAAGGCAUCAGAGAAUAAAAAAGGCUCAAAAGGAAUACAGGCCAAGAGAAGCUGGAGAGUCUAGUAGCAACCAAGUCCCACGCCAGGGGGCAAAGUCAGACAAACCUCCAGUGGAACGCAGGCUAUUCGAAGCUGAAAAGAUCUUGGAUGAAGAAGAAAAGAUGCAUUCUAGUUCUUGGAAAGAAGAAGAUCGGAUGACAAAUGACUUUGAUUCUGAUGGAGUGUCAUCCAUAAACCUCAACUGCAAUGUUGUGUCCGUGCUUCCUCAUGAGUUCAAUCAGGAAACGGAAGUUGAAGAUUGCGAGGAGGCUGACAUCGAAGAAAUGGCAAAACACAGACCUGUGUGUUAUUAUGUGCUGAAUAACGGUGCAGUUGAAGAACAGGAUGCUUUCUUCGAAAGGCCUGAUGAAGGUAUGCGAAAUCAUUUGAAGCCACUCUAUAUCAGGGCUAAAAUUGAGAAUGUUGGCAUCAACAAAGUCUUAGUUGAUGGGGGAGCAGCAGUGAACCUAAUGCCUUAAUACAUGCUAAAAAGAAUUGGUAUGUUCGAUACUGAUAUAAGGCCACAUAACAUGGUUUUAUCUAACUACGAAGGCAAAAUAGGACAAACACUAGGAGUUGUUCAGGUCAAUUUGACAGUAGGCUCAGUCACCAGGCCAACUAUGUUUAUGGCUAUACCAGCAAAAGCAAACUACAACCUUUUGCUUGGUAGAGAAUGGAUUCAUGGAGUGGCAGCUGUGCCCUCAACAAUGCAUCAAAGGGUGACAAUUUGGAGGGAAGACGGUAUAGUAGAGAAUAUCGAAGGAGAUCAGAGCUACUAUAUGGCUGAAGUUAACCAGGUUAAUAAAACUAACUUUGAUAGGAAUUUGGCAAACAUAAGUCCUUGUCAUGCGGCAGAAGAGAUGUACACCCCAAAUAAGAAUGCGUUGUACUAUUUAACUCUACACCCAAAUGGAUUCCAGUGGGAUAGAGAGAUCAUGGAUGGCCCAGCAGAUCCAACACCAUUGGAGAAUUAUCCAACAGAACGGCCGACAGGCUGGGACGAUGACAUUAAUAAUGUCUGAGUUUUCUUUCUUUGAAAAGAUUUCGGCUUACGUGGCCGAGAAUAAAAGAAAGGCGGCUUUCGAGGCCGAACUAUCAAAUGUGAAGAUUGACACAGGUCUAACCAAGAAGGAAGUCACAGAUUUAGAGAUACAUAUGAAUUCCAAAUCUUCUGAAGAUUCGUUUCAAGUCGAAAGAACCAUAAGAGAAGAAUCGAGUCAAAGGUUAGAUGCAAUUUACGAUGAAGAGCCUUUGGGAUUCGAAAAAGAUCCAAUGGCACCAAAUAUAAAGAUGUUAGCUCAAGAUCCACUCGAAGAAGUGAAUCUUGGAGACGAAGAUCAAAAAAGAAUAACAUAUAUCAGCGCGAAACUAGAACCAGAAUUAAAGGCAACGGUCAUCAAACUGUUGAAGGAAAACAAAGAUUGUUUUGCUUGGGAUUAUGACGAGAUGCCUGGUCUAGGAAGAGAUUUGGUCGAAUUAAAACUACCAAUAAAGGAAGGAAGGAAGCCUAUAAAGCAGACUCCCAGGAGAUUCGCGCCAGAGAUUCAUUCGAAGAUUAAAGCAGAGGUCGAAAGGCUUCUACGCUGCAAGUUCAUCCAAACUACAAGGUAUGUUGAAUGGAUUGCUAAUAUAGUGCCUGUAAUUAAAAAGAAUGGUUCAUUAAGAGUAUGCAUAGACUUUCGUGAUCUUAAUGCAGCCACACCUAAAGAUGAGUAUCCCAUGCCUGUGGCAGAAAUGCUAGUAGACUCAGCCGCAGGCUUCGAGUAUUUGAGCAUGUUAGAUGGAUAUUCUGGAUACAAUCAGAUCUUUAUUGCAGAAGAUGAUGUAUCCAAAACGGCGUUUCGUUGCCCAGGGGAAAUAGGUACUUACGAAUGGAUUGUAAUGCCAUUUGGUUUAAAAAAUGCUGGGGCAACUUAUCAAAGAGCAAUGAAUUCUAUAUUCCAUGACUUCAUAGAAACAUUCAUGCAAGUAUAUAUAAAUGACAUUGUGGUAAAAUCCACCUCAGAUGUAACUCAUCUCAAUCAUCUGAGCCAAUCAUUCGAAAGGAUGAGGAAACAUGGCUUGAAGAUGAACCCCUUCAAAUGUGCUUUCUUUGUUGGGGAAGAUAAACUUCUUAAGGAGAUUUAUCUCUAAUUUGAGUGGACGCACACAAGCCUUCUCACCUCUACUGCGGCUUAAGCAAGGAAAAUUCGAAUGGAAUGCUGAACAUCAAGAAGCUUUUGAUAAAAUCAAGCAAUACUUGACUUGUCCACCAAUUCUAUCUCCCCCAAAUGGGAAGAAGCACAUGCGCCUAUAUAUUUCAGCUUCAGAUAAAACAAUAGGCAGCAUGCUGGCGCAAGAAGAUGAGAACGACAUCGAAAGAGCCAUUUAUUACUUAAGUAGAGUACUCAAUGAUGCAGAGACUAGAUAUACCGCUAUAGAAAAACUCUGCCUUUGCUUUUAUUUCUCUUGUAUCAAACUUAAGUAUUAUAUAAAGCCAGUUGAUGUUUAUGUUUCGUCUCAUUGUGAUGUUAUUAAGCAUAUGUUAUCCAAGCAUAUACUGCAUAGUCGAAUCGGUAAAUGGGCUUUAGCCCUAACUGAAUAUUCACUAAUAUUUCAGCCUCUCAAGGCAAUGAAAGGUCAAAUUGUGUCAGACUUCAUUGUCGACCAUGCAUUAGCUGAGAGUCAUCAACAGUAUGUGGGUUUAAAACCUUGGAAGUUAUACUUCGACGGUUCAACGCACAGAGAGGGAACCGGAGUUGGUUUGUUGAUAAUUUCUCCUGAUGGAAUUCCAACAAAGCUCAAGUAUAAAAUCAAGGGUCCGCUAUGCUCCAACAACGAAGCUGAGUACGAAGCAUUAAUAGCUGGACUUGAAGCUUUGUUAGAAUUGGGGGCAACCAGAGUCGAAAUUAGAGGGGACUCUGAAUUGGUCGUUAAACAACUGACAAAGGAAUACAAGUGCAUCAAAGAAAAUUUGAUCAUGUACUUUGUCAUAGCAAAUAGGCUACUCAAGAAAUUCGAAUAUGUGGAAUUAAAACACAUAUCAAGGAUGAAUAACCAAGAGGCAAACGACUUGGCGCAGUUAGCUUCAGGAUACAAGGUAUCAAAAGAAAAGUUAGAAGAAUUGAUUGAAGUAAGAGGGAGAGCAAUGUCUACUAAACUUUCCCCAAGUGAUCUGGAGAAUUCACAGUUGGGUUACGCCAACAAAGGAGAAUUCGAAGUGCUAAACAUAGACUCAUUAGCAGAUACAGAUUGGAGGAGUCCAAUAAUAGACUAUCUAAAAAUCCCUUCGACGGAUACAGACAGGAAGAUAAAAUAUAGAGCCCUGUCAUAUUUCCUAAUGGGAAACGAAUUAUUCAAGAAAAAUCCUGAAGGGGUAUUGUUGAAAUGCUUAGGUGAAGCAGAAGCAUACUUGGCUCUGUCGAACGUACACAGUGGGGCAUGUGGUGCACAUCAAGCAGGACACAAAAUGAAAUGGCUUUUAUUUCGUUAUGGAAUGUAUUGGCCUUCCAUGUUAAAAGAUUGCAUAGAGUUUGCAAAAGGGUGUCAAGAAUGUCAAGAACAUGCAGGUAUCCAGCACGCCCCAGCAAACGAAUUAAGUACAAUAGUGAAACCUUGGCCUUUCAGGGGAUGGGCGUUAGAUUUGAUCGGAGAAAUUCACCCUAAGUCGUCUAAAGGCCAAAGAUACAUAUUAGUAGGAAUAGACUAUUUCACAAAAUGGGUCGAAGCAAUACCACUAGCAAAUGUGGAUCAAGAGGUCGUGAUUGAGUUUAUUCAGAAACAUAUUAUAUAUAGGUUUGGAAUCCCAGAAAGUAUAACAACUGAUCAAGGUUCGGUCUUUAUUGGACGAAAAAUGCAAGACUUUGCCAAAGAAAUAGGUUUCAAGUUAUUUACUUCUACACCUUACUAUGCUCAAGCAAAUGGACAAGUUGAAGCAGCAAACAAAAUAAUAAUUGGCCUUAUCAAAAAACAUGUGGGAAAGAAACCCAAGAAUUGGCAUAAAACUUUGGACCAAACACUUUGGGCUUGUCGAACAUCUCUAAAAGAAGCUACAAACACAAUUCCUUUCCAGUUGACGUUUGGGCAUGAUGCAGUACUCCCAAUCGAGAUAUAUCUACAGUCAGUAAGGGUACAAAGACAAGCAGAUAUUCCUCCCAACGUAUACUGGGAGUUAAUGAUGAAUGAGUUAGUAGAUUUGGAUGAAGACAGACUUCGAGCGCUGGAAAUGAUAAAAAGGCAAAAGGAAAGAGUAUCCAUAGCAUACAACAAAAAGGUGAAAGGUAAAACGUUUAUUAGUAAUGACCUAGUUUGGAAAGUUAUUUUACCUAUAGAUCGAAAGAAUCAAGCACUUGGUAAAUGGUCCCCGCACUGGGAAGGACCCUUUCGAAUCUUAAAGGUAUUUUCGAAUAAUGCUUAUGAAAUUGAAGAGUUAGCAGAAGAUCGUAGGAUCUUGAGAGUAAACGGAAAAUAUCUAAAGAGAUAUAAACCAAGCAUGUACGAAGUAAAGAUUGCAAAAACGUAGACAUUCAGGGGACUACGAAAGCCAAAAUGGUCAGACAUGUACCAAAGUAUAUGUGUUGCAUUGAUCAAAAUGGCUUUACGAUCAAAAUAGAUGGUAAAUUAAGAAAAGAGUCAGAGAAGCACCAAAAUAUUUUGUCAUUAGAAGUACAAGCAUUACAAAAAGAGAUUCGGGGACAUGACCCAGGAACUCCUGAAAAUAAAAAAAAGGAAAGCAUAAAAACCUAGGGCAAAUAUUGGCUAAUUAAUCCUCUGAUCCAAUCCUUCUAAGGACAGCACAGGCAAGCUUUCAGCCUCGAACAUGUCCAUGGAUCCAGAAGUGCGCAUCCGCCUCACGACACCCUUCUUAAGGAAUAUAUAAGAGAGGAGUCUACCAUACGGAAGGCAGGUUACAUUUCCCUGACCGGCAGUAGCCACAGAAACGGCCUCAACAAGCCCUUUGAAAAUCAUCAAAGGGAAGUUAAUCUUCUUCCCUCGAAGACCACAGAGAAUAAACUCCAAGUCUUCGACCAUGAUGUUGUUUUCGUCAAGCCUCCGAGGACGGAAAUUACCCACAAGCAGUUGAUGCCAGAUUCUGAUAACCUUAGCACUGAAAGGAUCGUUGUCCAUGAGAGUCUUCAACAUAAGAUGAGUAGUCAUGUUGAAGCUGUUGUCAUCAAAUGUUUCCCCAGAGUUGUUGCAUCUCAUCAGGUUAGCAAUGGUGGUGGGAGUGAUGCUGAGAUGAGCGUGUCGAACCUCAGAAACUAUGGUGGUCCUCCCUUCAGGAUCUAUGCGUAAAGACGCAAACAUCCAAAAAUCUGCAAGCAUGUUGGGAUAAACAGGACCUUCCAGGAUGUCUCCAAAAUAGAAAUCCAGUUCUUGGUUAGCAAAGAGAUUGCCAAGAGUGAUGAAGUUGCUAUCAAGUUCAUCCUCACAAAGUUUGAACUCCUUCUUGAUAACAGCCUUUAUGUUGUUGUAAGAGAGAGGCGCAGCCAUUUUUUUUGAAAAGAAAGUUUGAAGAAAAGGUUUCUCUCUUCUGUUGUUAGUGUUUGAGGAAAUGCAAGAAUGGAGAAAUGAAAACGAUCUUAGGCCUUUAUAUAGACCUGUGGUAAUGAAGGGUGGUUUAAAGUUUUAAUGAUUGAUUGGACUGGGUUUGGUAUUCCAAAAAGGGAGUUAAGGCUUCCGCCGUUUCCCGCCCUUGGAAGUUGAAAAGUAAUCAUGAAACUGAUGCACGCACGUCUCAAAUGAGCGUUUUGAAGAAAGUGACGUCACUGUUUAAUAAUGAUUACGGCUGGAGAAGUAGAAACGUCAGGUCUAAGAAUAAAGAUACUGCGAAGAGUGGUCAGGGUUAUGUGUUGCAUUGAUUAGAAUCACUGUGGAAAAUCUGAAGAUAUAUUUUGGCAGAAUAUGAAAGAUUUGCUAAAAAUAGUGCUUGCGAAUAUGGAAAACAUAGACGAAAAAUAGAGGUCAAGCAUACAGAUAGAUAUUUUUAUAAAAGGUUCGAUUACAAAACAAAAGUGCAACAAAAUACAGAGUUCGAAACAGCUAGUUGAAAUCCUCAGGGAGACUAUUUUUGAUCUUCAAAUAUUGAGUUUCCCAUGAAGACAUACAAAGUUCGAGUAACGCCCGGUGUUUCUUCAAUCCUUCAAUCUCUGGCACUAAAUUUUGUGCGGUUUCGAAGUGUUUAAUCCCCAAUUGCGCCACUGCAAGCAGAUCUUGUUGAUUGGCCUUUUAUAUGGUUGCCUGACAAUUCUCAACUUCCUUUAUCUUUUCUUCGAGAGCUUUUAUCUCUUGUUUCCAGGAGUUGAUAUCCUUCUCAUAAUUAUCAUAUGCCUUCUGAUUUUCUGAAUGUUUAAGCUUGAGGGCCUCACCUUGUUUCGUUGCAUCCACAGCAGAGUUCCAUGAAGAGUCAGGAGAGGCUAUUUUUUCAGAUAGUUGCUUUUCGAUAUUUUGUUUUCGAAGAAUAUUAGCUUGAAGUUGUUCAACUAGAGAACCUAGCAAAACAAUCACCUCUGAAACUUCUUUCGAGACUCGAAACAAAUCCACUUUCUUCAAGAGUUGAUUCAAGUUAUGACUUUUAAUAGGAUCUUGACUAAGAACAUCCACAAGAUUGACCCCAAAGAAUCUUUCUUUUAUCUGUCGAAGGAGGUCAGGAAUGUCUUCUUUGUCACCAGAUUCUACAAGGACAGCUGGAGAUAUGUCAAGUUCUGAAGGCGAAGUAGUAUUCACAUUCAUCAUAGCUUUUAGAAAGCUGAGAGGAUCAGUUUGCUUAAGCUGUUCCAGUUCCGAAGGAGUGGGCUUCGCAGGGGAAGGCAUCGAAGUUGCCCCAGGAGUAGUUUCUGUGUCAAGAGUUAAAGUUUCUGGAGGAUUGUGUUUAUCUGGUUUAGAAAUUUCCUCCAUAGCAUCUUGUUCGGAUACAGUAUCUUCACUACCAUGUGGUUGUGGAUUCACGUUGUCACUACCUGAGAAUGGAUGAUUUUCUUCCAGGUUUUUAUCUUGAUGAGUAGCUGGGGAUUCGUCAGUGGAUUGGCUUUCUUCGACUGGCUCAUUAGGUAAGGUGGUGGUAAGAGGCCUGGCAUCUGUCAUACCCUAAUUUUUGACCCCCUGAGAUGUCACAUCAUUGACGUCAAUUUCAAAAAUGUUUCUUGAUCGGUUUGGAAGCCGUGAUCAAGAUUUCAUUCAUUCACUCAUUCUUUGCAAAAUAAUUCAUGCUCAUGGAGGUUUUCAAUUUAAAUGCGCCUUUUCCAAUUUGUGCAAUUCAAGAGGAUUGUUUGGAAUUUAUUUCAUGACUUUUUGCCUAUGGAUUCAUCAUAAUGAAGAAGAUUGGCUCAUGUGAGUUAUUUGGUCAUUCAUGGGAUUUUCAUCAAAAUUGCAAGAAAUAAUUUUAGUCCAUUUUGAAAGAAUUGUUUCAAGUAUGGUUCAUGACCAUGGAUUUUAAUUCAAUAUCAUUCCAAAAAUCCACAAUGGUGAAGAACAUGUUUCAAGGCCUAGAAUUCAAAGGAUUUCUUAUCAUUUUUCUAUUCAAAAGGAAUUAAAUUUCUAAAUUCAAAUUCAUUCAAGAAUAUUCAAAACUUUAUGUUUGAAUAACAAUUUCAUUCAAAGUUCCAAAAGGAAAUUCAAGCAUUACAAGUGAAGUUCUUUUGCAUGAACCAAGUUCUAAGUUCCAAAUGAAUUACAAGAUACAACAUUCAAAUUCUACACAAUUUUUCAAGAAAUGCAUGAACCAAAAUUACAUUGAUAUUAAGUUCAAGAAUUACAACAAAAGAAAAAUACAAAGUUUUCUUGAAUUUAUUCUUCAAUCUUCAAGCUUCCAUUCUUCAAGACCAAGUUUCUUUAUUCUUCCUUCAAGAAUUCUCAUGCAACAUGAAAAAGAAACAAAAAGGGUGGAAUUAGCAAAAGUCUUACAAAAAUAAUUCAAGGGGGCCCAAAAGCCCAAAUCAAAGUCAAAAGUCAAAAGUCAAAGAAAGUCAAAGAGAGAUUUUUAUGCCAUAAAAUUCUACAACUUAGAGAUAUCAUAAAAUGACAUAAAAAUUUCUCACAUGGCCUAUGUCAUAAAGGAAUCUUUGGCUUAUGUCAUGUGGAAUCUUUUUGCUUAUGUCACAAUGGAUAUUCCUUUCUUACAAGAAUCACAAACUUGGCUACAAAGUUACAUAAUACCUAACAUAUCCUAAUUUUUGCCUAUAAAUAGAAGGGCUCUCCAUAGUAUUUGUGACACCAAAGCAACUUAAAUUCUUGCUUUCUCUCUUCUCUCUAUUGCUCAUAUAUUGUUCAAUAGACCUCUUGGCAAGAAGAAAUUCUCAAGCCAAGAGACUCCCUAUUGGAGGUGAGCAUUCUAGUUACAAAGAAGGAGGAGGUAAUUCUUCAUACCUCACUUGAAGAUCUUCAUCUUCAAGUCUCCAACAACUUGGAGCAUCCAAGAGCUUGAAGUUCAUCUUCAAGUCUCCCGCAAAUCCAAAGAGGUGGUGGCGUCGUCUUCAUCAAAAGGGAGCCUACAACAACAAGCAAGGUUGUUAGGGAAAUUGUUGGUAACAAUUCAAGGUUGUUAGUAACAAUAGAGGAGUCAACACAUACCUCAACAAUAAUCCGGCGAAAACCUCCUCGCCGUAGGUAAGUCAAUUUCACUCUUACUCUUAAUAUUGUUGUUACUAUUUUCCUGUAAGAAAAAUAGAGAAAGCAUAUGUUAUUAUAUCAUAAAAGCAAAUUGUGUCAUGGAGAACGAAAUUGAGCAAAAUACACUUGGGUCUCUACCUCUGUUCUUGGAAAAAAUCGGGUUAUACGAUAAGUUAUUCUCGUCGAUGUGAGCUCCCAUGGCUACUUGAAUAAUUUGAAGGCUGUUAGUAGUGCUGCAAGUGAAAAAUGCAGAGACAGCAACAACAAAACUCGCGGUCAUUUCAAGGCAGCGACAACAAUAAUCCAAGGUUCAGAGUUAAGCAUAACAACAACACUGUUUCGAAGAAAUCAUAACAAUUUUCAACAACAAUUCGAGGCAGUGGCAGCAACAUGUUUCAGAAGCAGAGUAAAAGAUAGUUUACCUCAAACGCAAAAUCCGGCGAACAUCUCCUCGCCGUAGGUAAUCCGAUUCCACCUUCACUCUUAAAAAUACUGCUUGCUGUUGUUGUUAGUUCUUGUAUACCAUCUGAAAAGCCGAAGAAAUACAGAGAGCAUAAAAAAUAUUGUUAUGUCAGAAAAGAGAAAAAACUGAAAUUGAAGCAUAGAGUGAAAUUAGAAUAAGGUUUGUUCUUGUUGGCAAUAACCUCUAAA